CACGUGUUGGUGACGUCAGAGCAGGCGGACUCACGUCGGACACGCACCCCCGCGCAUGCGUAGUGCGCAGGUGGACUCUGGCUCCUCUCCAGCGAGCCUCUGUGUUGUCUCCGUGUCUCCAGGAGAAAUGCUGAGACUGUUGGUGAAGCAGCAAGUCGACGCGGUCGUUGAAGAGGCUUUUGUGCUGUUGGACACAUUAACAGCAGCUUAUGAGGACACCGCGUCUCGUCUCGGAGAACAUGAGCUACACACAUCAGAUGUCCCCCCUGAGGGCCUGGACCAGGACACGGAGGACACGGAGCCCCUCCACAUAAAAGAGGAGCCCGAGCCCCUCCACAUGAAAGAGGAGCCGGAGCCCCUCCAUGUAAAAGAGGAGCCGGAGCCCCUCCACAUAAAAGAGGAGCCGGAGCCCCUCUACAUAAAAGACCUGCAGGAUCUCUGGACCCGUCUAGAGGGAGAUCAGCUCAUUGUGCUGCAGGAGGCCGAUAUCGCCAAGUUCUCAUCCAUUGCUGUUACUUUGAAGAGUGAAGAUGACGAACCUCAGACCUCACAGCUUCAUCAAAGCCAAACGGAGGACGACAGAGAGGCGGAGCCUCCAUCCGGCAGCUCGGCUACACCAAUAGAAACAGAAACUGAUGGUGAGGACUGUGGGGGAUCAGGACCAGCCAGGAACCUAAAUCCACUUAGUCUUUCACAUCCAAAUGCUUUUGAUGAAAAGGCUUCAGGAUCUUCUGAGACUGAAAUCAUUCAUGGUGAUUGGCAAGAACCGUUGUCAGAUUCUGGACCUGAAAGUGAAGACGGGGAUGAUAUCUGGAAGGAGACCAGGGAAUCCUUCAGCUUCUUCAAGUGUAGUAAACGGUGUUACUACAAGGGGUUUCUGCAGAAACACAUGAGGUGUCAUUUUGGAAAAAUAUCCUCCAGCUAUUUGGAUCAAAAGAAAUGUUUUAGAGAAAAGCCAAAGAAAGAAUCACGGCCAAGAGGUCUAACAGGAGAGAAGCCAUUCAGUUGUGAUGUUUGUGGGAUGAAAUGUACAACCCAGGGAUCUCUGAAGAUUCACAUGAGAGUCCACACAGGAGAGAAACCAUUCAGUUGUGAUGUUUGUGGGAAAAGAUUUACAGCACAGGGAAGUGUGAAUAUACACAUGAGAGUCCACAUAGAAGAAAAACCAUUCAGUUGUGAUAUUUGUGGGAAAAGAUUUGCAGUACAAGGAUCGCUGAAGACACACAUGAGAGUCCACACAGGAGAGAAACCAUUCAGUUGUGAUGUUUGUGGGAUGAAAUGGACAACCCAGGGAUCUCUGAAGGCACACAGGAGAGAAACCAUUCAGUUGUGA